AUCUCAGCUAAUUACGGCUCUGAUACGGCUUAUUAGCGCAUACCCACCUUUGCUACCUUGCUUCUCCACCCACCACCCUUUUCAGAUCUCUGUCCUGGCUCCGCCUCUCGCCGGCGUUAUAAUGGGCUGGUCUGAAAGUGGUGGAGAGACACAGAACCACAGGGGAAGAGAGAGAUAAUGACAAUAACACUAAUAACCCUAAUAACCCGGCUACUGCCCGCGCCGCACCGAGGAGCCGUCCCGGCGCUGAGAGAGGAGUAGCAGCAGCCCCGACGUCCCCGGAUUGCUGCUCCCCGCGCCCGGGGAUCGCCGGACGGUAACAUCGGCCGCACCCCCGAGGAGGACCGGGCUCGGGAGGGUGGGCGGGAGGGACGAGGCGGAGAGGAGCCGGCUCCGCCAGCCGCUCGCACCGGCCCCUCGCCCCUCUCCUCCGGCCCCAUGAAGCAGCGAGAGUAACGAGCGAGGAGGACAAAAAGGCGGCGGCGGCGGCGCGGGGGGGGGGGGGGGGUUGGCGGAGAGCGAGCGCCCCGGUGGGGGAGAAGGAGGUGGAAGCCGGAGGAAGCACCCCGACCCCCCCCCGCCUCACCGCCUGCCCUCGGCGCCCUCCGGCGGGGAAGGGGCCGGUCCCCCGCCCGCCACCCCCGGGCGCGGAGCCCCGCUGCCCCGCGCUGCCCGCCGCCGCGGAGCUGUCCGAGCCGGCGCGGGGGUCCAAAAGCCGCUCUCCUUCUCCCCGCGUCCCCUCGCCGCCCCUGAGGCCGCGCCGAGGGGCGGGGGUCGCGCCCGCCCAGCGGAGCCGCGGGGUGCGAGGCGGGGGGGGGGCACCCGCCGCCGCCGCCAUGAAGCUGGAGGUGUUCUCGCAGCACUACGAGGACAAGCUGAGCGCCGGCAGCGACCACGAAGGCAGCGGGUCCCUCUCCCCGGCGCCGGCCGAGAGCGAGCUGGGCUCGGACGGCGACUGCGCCGCCAACAGCCCGGGCGGCGGGGCCGGGCGGCCGGGCCCCCCGCCCCCGCCGCCGCCCCCCGCCCCGCAGCCGCCGCCGCCGCCGCCGCCGGCCGAGAGCGCCAAGGGGAAGCCCUACACCCGGCGGCCGAAGCCGCCCUACUCCUACAUCGCCCUGAUCGCCAUGGCCAUCCGCGACUCGGCCGGCGGCCGCCUGACCCUGGCCGAGAUCAACGACUACCUGAUGAGCCGCUUCCCCUUCUUCCGCGGCGCCUACACCGGCUGGCGCAACUCCGUGCGCCACAACCUCUCCCUCAACGACUGCUUCGUCAAGGUGCUGCGCGACCCGGCGCGGCCCUGGGGCAAGGACAACUACUGGAUGCUGAACCCCAGCAGCGAAUACACCUUCGCCGACGGCGUCUUCCGCCGCCGCCGCAAGCGCCUCAGCCGCGCCGCCCCGCCGCCCGCCCGCCCCGCCGCCGCCGCCGCCGCUCCCCCCCCGCCGCCGCCGCCGCAGGAGGCGGCCGGAGCGGGCUCCGCGUCCCCCGGCGGUUCCCCGCGGUGCUGCUGCGCCUCCUCGCCCUGCAACUGCGCGCCGGGCGCCGUCGCCAAGGAGGCAGCGGCGGGGGGCAGCGCGGCGGCGGCGGCCGCGGGGGAGGGAAGCGGCGGCGCCAAGUUCUCCAGCUCCUUCGCCAUCGAGAGCCUCCUCCGGCGGCCGGCGGGGCCCCGCACCGCCCCGCCGCCGCCCGGCCGCCUCCUCUGGCCGGCGCCCCCCGGGCCUCCGCACCUGCUGCCCGGCCCCUACCCGCUGCUCCCCUACCCCCCCGCCGCGCAGCCCGCCCCCCCCGCCGCCGCUGCCCUUUACGGCGGCGGCCUCCUGCAGCUCUGCGCCUACGGGCUGGGCGAGCCGCCGCCGCUGCCGCUGCUGGCGAGCGGGCGGCGAGCGCUGGCCCCGGGCGAGCCGCCGGCGGAGCGGCCGCGGGCGCCGCUCUUCCCCCCAGCCCUCCCCAAAGGCGGGCGGGGGCCGCCGCCCGGCCCCCAGCUCUACGGGCCCCUCCGGCUGCUGCCGGCGGCGGGGGGGUCGGCCCCGUUCCAGCCGUACGCCGUGGAGACCCCCCUGGCUUAAUGGCGCCCGCCCCCUCCUCCUCCUCCUCCUCCUCCCCUGCGAGGCGCCUGCCCGGGGAGGGGGGAAGGAGGAGGAUCAGGAUCCCGCACUUUAACUCCAGAGGCGACCAAAGCCUCCAAGAAAAAGCCUCGGUGACUGUGCCUUAGUGAAAUGACAGUGGGUUUAACUUGAACCAAAAAAAAAAAAAAAAAAAAAAUCAGAAAGAAAAAAAAAAAAAAACAAAACAAAACAACAAAACAAAUGUCGUUUCGGACAUAGCCAUGAGCCUCAAGUGCUUCUUACUGUUCGUUGAGACUACUUGACUUCAACCAUUCCCUCGCCGCCUCCUUUCUAUCCCCCCCCCCCUUGUCCCCGCAUCUCCCCGCACCAAAGCUUUGGGCGGCGGAGCAGGGGGUGCCCCCGCGGAGAGGCGCGGUGGCGGCAGCCGGGGGGUGCGCUGUGCACUUGGGGGGGGGGGGGGGGGUGCCGGGGAGCUCCUGCCGGGAGGAGCAGGGAGAGAGAGAAAGGGGAAGGGGGGGGGGGGCCGGGGGCUGCUGUGGAGCCGUAGGUCUGUACUGCAAAGCGAUGCAUCACUGUGCCAAAACAAACCUUUUCUCCUGUCCGGCAACUAGCAUUUCGUGGGAAGGGAGGACAUUAAAUUAUUUAUAAAAGUAGUGUUUUUAACACAAAGAGAGUGCAGCUUUUUUAAUUAAUUAUUGUUCUUGGGGAGAGGGGGCGGCCGGCCGGGAAAGGGCUCAAGAAAAUGUCAGGCGUUGUCCCCUGUACUGGUUGGCGCUGUACAUUUAAGGCCAAGACCACUGCUACUGGAAAGAGAAGAGUAAUUUUUUUUUUCGUAUUUUAUUUUUGUGUUUGUAUAUAAUAUAUGUGCGUGUGCAUUUUACUGACGCUCGGCCACCGUGUUUUUUUCCCUUUUUUUUUUUUUUUCUUCCUUUUCCUUUCUCCUCUCCCCCCGAAUAAAAGCUGCCCCCUAAAUAAAGACGGUGAUAAGGUGAA